UUUUGCCCUUCCCUCUUUUACCUACGGUGGCCGGACAGGACUAAUACGCCGGGUUGCACUGCAUGUACCAUGUGCGCUCUGUUGUCAUUCAAACGAGCAAGUUAGCGACUUAGGCUCUCAAUUUUUCCGCUUAACUUGCUUAUAAUAUUAGAUGGAAAUGGGGUCCGAGAGAAACGGGAAUAAAGACGAAGAUAGCUUGUUUCUGGAGCAUGUUUUGGACAAGCUUUAUGACUUUGGAUCAGGACCAAAAAAGAAGUCACAGAAGAAGAAAAAACGAAAAAGAUGCGAAGGUUGGGAGGAAGAAGAGGAGCUCCCUGCAGUGAAGGAUAUAUGCAGUGACACUGAAGACUACAGAGCAGAGCAACAUGAUGCUGAGCAGCAGCAGCAGCAGCAACGAAAGGCUGAGCAAACGGGUAGGCAGCAUAGCAACACCUUCCAGCAAGUGAACCAGGUGGAGGUAGUCACAUUUCAAGACCCCACAAAGAAAAGAAAAAAGUCAACACCAGACCCCAACAAAACACCUGCCCUUCACGUGGCAGAAAAGGAGCAAAGCGACCAGCUAGGAGAACUCAAUUUGGAAAAGGCUCGUCUGGAAGUCCAUCGGUUUGGAAUUACAGGCUAUAAGAAGGAGGAGCAGCGUGUUUUUGAACAGGACAGGGCGGUCAUGUUGGGAGCCAGACCUCCUAAAAAGGAAUAUGUGAACUAUAAGAUGCUUCAGCAGCAAAUCAAAGAGAAGAAAGAGAAGGAACAGGAGGAAGCUCAGCUGGGUCUGAAGAAAAAGAAGAAGAAGAGUAAACAGAGAAACAGGAAGACAACUGUACCCUCCGGUCCUGGCGCAGCCCCCUCUGGUCAGGUGGGCCGCUUCAAGAACGGCAUGCUGAUCCUCAGCUCCAUGGAGAUCCAGAAGAUCAAAGGCAACAAGUGAGGGAUUUGAAUCCUACAGAAUGGAAAAUGCAUACCAGCAUGUUAUGGAGAGGAAGUGGACACAAUAUACAUUUCCUGAUAACAUGUCACUGUCUGGGAGGGAUGGUGUUACUGGCGACUACUGAGUCAGACAUUGAGUGGAUUGAUCUUUGAAGUGGACUUCGACUGUGCAUCUGGACAAGUCUUAAAGCACAUAACUGGAGACUGAAUACUGUCAAAUCAUCUUCCAUCACAGUUUAUUUAUUUUGUUUUUAUAAAUGACAAAAAAGAGA